GUCGGGCUGCGGCUGCGGCUGCUGAUCUUCCAGCUUGUGAGGCAAGGAGGCCGAGGCCUGGGCCAAGCCCGGAGCCGCCGUUCGUCGGAGCCUCCUGGAGCCCCCGCGCAGGUUCAGCCUGGGGGCGGGCUCAGGCCCGGCCCGCCGCGGAGCCCAGGACAGAGGCUGCAUGCCCGAGGACCAGGCCGGCGCAGCCAUGGUUCUGCUUUGUGACAUCUAAAGACAGGACCAGAAGAGCAGGAGGAGGCAUCUCCUUAUUCCUUACUUGAUAUCUGCUUGAAUUUCCUGACUACUCACCUUGAGAAGUUCUGCUCAGCAAGGCAAGAUGGAACACUGUGUCUGCAGGAACCUGGAGUAUUCCCACAGGAGGUGGCUGAUCGGCUGCUUCAGACCAUGGCUUUUCAUGGUCUCCUGAAUGAUGCAACUGUAGGUAUUUUUAGGGGCAACCAGAUGCGCUUAAAACGAGCUUGCAUUCGCAAAGCCAAGAUCUCUGCCGUUGCGUUCCGGAAAGCCUUCUGCCACCACAAGUUAGUGGAACUUGAUGCCACAGGUGUGAAUGCUGAUAUCACAAUUACAGACAUUAUCAGUGGGCUUGGCAGUAACAAAUGGAUCCAGCAAAAUCUCCAGUGCCUAGUGCUGAACUCAUUAACUCUCUCACUCGAAGAUCCUUAUGAGCGGUGCUUUAGCCGGCUUUCUGGCCUUCGAGCAUUAAGCAUCACCAACGUUCUCUUUUAUAAUGAAGACCUGGCUGAAGUUGCCUCAUUGCCAAGAUUAGAGAGCCUGGAUAUUUCUAACACCUCGAUCACAGACAUCACGGCUCUGCUGGCCUGCAAAGACCGACUCAAGUCUCUAACCAUGCAUCACUUGAAAUGUUUAAAAAUGACAACUACCCAGAUACUGGAUGUUGUUCGGGAACUAAGACAUCUGAAUCAUCUUGAUAUUUCAGAUGAUAAACAGUUUACAUCAGACAUAGCUCUUCGAUUACUAGAACAAAAGGACAUCCUGCCCAACCUCGUCUCCCUGGAUGUCUCUGGGAGGAAGCAUGUGACAGAUAAAGCUGUUGAAGCCUUUAUACAACAACGGCCCAGCAUGCAGUUUGUAGGUUUGCUGGCCACUGAUGCUGGCUACUCUGAAUUCCUCACAGGCGAAGGACAUUUGAAGGUGUCUGGAGAAGCCAAUGAAACUCAGAUUGCAGAAGCAUUGAAGCGGUACAGUGAACGGGCAUUCUUUGUCCGGGAAGCUCUAUUUCACCUUUUUAGCCUGACUCACGUGAUGGAAAAAACAAAACCAGAAAUUUUAAAGCUUGUGGUUACUGGGAUGAGAAACCACCCUAUGAAUUUGCCAGUGCAACUUGCUGCAAGCGCCUGUGUGUUUAACUUAACGAAGCAGGAUCUUGCUGCAGGAAUGCCUGUGCGACUCCUGGCUGAUGUGACCCAUUUGCUGCUCAAAGCCAUGGAACAUUUUCCCAAUCACCAGCAGUUACAGAAGAAUUGCCUCCUUUCACUUUGCAGUGACCGAAUUCUUCAAGAUGUUCCAUUUAACAGAUUUGAAGCAGCCAAGCUUGUCAUGCAGUGGCUCUGCAACCAUGAGGAUCAAAACAUGCAAAGGAUGGCAGUUGCAAUCAUUUCCAUCCUGGCUGCCAAGCUUUCUACAGAACAAACUGCACAGCUUGGUGCUGAACUCUUCAUUGUCAGGCAACUUCUUCAAAUAGUGAAGCAGAAAACCAAUCAAAAUUCAGUGGACACUACUUUGAAGUUUACUUUGAGCGCACUUUGGAACCUCACAGAUGAAUCUCCAACCACUUGCAGACACUUUAUUGAAAAUCAAGGGUUGGAACUCUUCAUGAGGGUUCUAGAGUCAUUCCCAACUGAGUCAUCCAUUCAACAGAAAGUCCUAGGACUUUUGAACAAUAUAGCUGAAGUACAAGAAUUGCAUUCUGAAUUAAUGUGGAAGGAUUUUAUAGACCACAUCAGUAGCCUUCUACAUAGUGUUGAAGUGGAAGUCAGUUACUUUGCAGCUGGAAUUAUUGCCCACUUAAUAUCUAGAGGAGAACAAGCUUGGACAUUGAGUCGUAGUCAGAGGAAUUCUCUUCUGGAUGAUCUGCAUUCAGCAAUUUUGAAGUGGCCAACUCCAGAGUGUGAGAUGGUAGCAUACAGGUCCUUUAAUCCAUUUUUCCCAUUACUUGGCUGUUUCACAACACCAGGAGUCCAGCUAUGGGCCGUUUGGGCCAUGCAGCAUGUCUGCAGCAAGAAUCCCUCCAGGUAUUGCAGCAUGCUGAUUGAGGAAGGAGGAUUGCAGCAUUUAUACAACAUCAAAGAACAUGAACAGACUGAUCCUCAUGUCCAACAGAUUGCUGUGGCCAUUCUGGACAGCUUAGAGAAACACAUCGUACGCCAUGGAAGACCACCUCCCUGUAAAAAGCAGCCCCAGGCCAGACUAAAUUGAUAGCUAUAGGUAAUUGGAUAAUUGAAUCACAGAAAUUCUUUUUGUGAUAGGUUCACUUGGAAUAUCUUACCCUCUCUGAUGUUUUGGGGGUUUCUACAACAAGAGUCAUAAAGUGAGUAUGGGAUUGAUAAUGUACAGUACUGCCCAUGUGAACAAUCUCUGAUUUGUCUUGUGAUUUUUAACUUAUCAGAUGAGAAGAGUCUCUUCCUUCAUCAUUGCCUUUUAGGAAAAUUUCCACAUCCUUCAGUGUUUGAACUUACCUGUGCUUUAAAAUUCUACAGUUUUAUGAGGAAGUUUGCACGGACCCUUAGGCCAGACUUUUCUGAUCUUAAAGUCCCUUCAGUCAAUUUGCAGCUUCACAUAAGCUGUUAACCUGAUUUCUGGCACUGCUUCGGUUGUAAAUUUUAUAUUGCUUCUGUAUAAAAUGCCUUUAUUCUCUGUCUGUGUAUCUUUUAUAAGAUGUCCUUCUUAGUGUGAAAGAAUGGAAAUCUGAGUCCUCUCCUUGUGAAAGCUACUCACUGGCUGGUGCCCGGAUGGCUGGCAGAAAAUAUAUUAAAACGAAAAACUACAAGGGAAAAUAGAGUUUAGGAACUGGGAAAAGGUCUGCUCUUGUGCUAUAUAGUUUUUAAACUGGGACUGGCUGACCUUCUGGAGCCCACCUGUCCUGAGGCAUUGUGCAGUACCUUGUUCUUCAUAUUUAUUCCUGGAGGCAUGGGCUGCUGCUUCCUACACAGACUGCUGGUUACUCUCUAGAAAUAUUUCCCCAAGCACCACAGUAUAAAAUAUUAUAGCAUUCUGCAUUAGAGAUUAACUGUCUGAAUUUCUUUAUGUCAUAUUGUUGUGAAAAUGUGAAUUUUACAAAAAUCGUCUCUUGCUCAAACAGACCAUCCUUUUCCCUCUAUUUCAAAGUCAUUUUGUUCAGUGGACAGUAAAUUUUGCCAUGAGAAGUUAAUUUUCUUUUGUUUCAGACUACAUGUAUCUUAAUAUUUUCAUGUUGGGGAAGGAUAUCCACAUCUCACUGCCAAAAGUAAACAAGAAGAAUUAGACUAUUGUUCAAUGUAAUGAUUCUAGUUGCAGUGCAUAAAAGGAAAUAUUUUGUGAUGGGUUAUUUUUUUAGACAGUUGCCUUUCCUUUAAGAGAGUUGUUACAGUAGACUAAAGAAUCAGCUAUCAAUAAUGGCAGUUGGGAGGCAGCAAGUCACCAAGAGAGUUAUUUUCCAUUAAACAAAAAAAAAGGCGAAAGAUUUAUACGAUCUGAAGAGAAACCAGAGUAUCCAUCUUAAAUUUUAGUUUGUGAAUAAAGUUAACCUGCAGUCUUAGAUGACUGCAUUUUUUUCAUAGAUGGCCAAAAUGUUUUCAAUAGAGAUUUUAAAUAAUACGUUUAAAAUCAUGGUGAUUAUUCAGAAGCACUUUUAUUUAGAAAGGAGCUGGCUUUAGUAUGCUGGUAAUAUUUUUGACAUACACAUUUCAUACCACUAUAGCAGUAGUCAUACUUGAAUUAUUUGGUACUCCUUCACAGGAGUGAAAACUUAAACUAAAUGAAAAUAGAUAUUUAGAAUCAUUAAAAACCAUAUUAAAUUGUGGGUUAAUUCUGACUUAACCGGUUUAAGGAAUUUUUAUAGGUGUGAGGUAAAUUUUCACAGAUUAAUUCUAUUUCAGAGGAAAUGGAAAAUUCUUUUAAAAAUUUCCCCCUUUUUUCUGGGUUUUAAAUAUCUAAGGCAAAAUGUAGAAAAUAGGAUGGCCUACAAAAGCUUGGAGUCGCUAGCUGUGUAGACCAUUUCUAGGUCUUCUAGCUUGUGUAGUUAAGGAAAAGCCUAUUUGAGAAGUUUGGCUUCAAGUUUCUAUUGUAUCCUAUUCAAGACAAAAGUACUUGUUCCUUCUAGGCUAAUCCUAGGUUUUUGUCUUUAUAAAUUGUUUUCAGAAAUAGCUAAAAAUGUAUGGAAAACAAUAAAUCCCUUCAUUACUCAGAAUAACUUGUUGAUAGAUGAAGACUCAAAUAUAUUUAAAUUUAAAUUUAAAUUUCCUACUUUGAGCACUGGUAAUGGCCAGAUACUUUUGAGUCUUAAAAGCAAAAUAAUUAGGCACAUCCCAAAUAUAUAAAAAUUUUAGUGCCUUUGUGGUUGGGAUGGCUCUUAAAAUUGUGUAUCUAAUUAUGGCACAGAAUUGUCUAUAAGGUCUUGAAUUUGGCUAUGAUACAGUAUAUAUAUAUAUAUAUAAAAAUUGAAAUUAUGAGGUGUAACUGGCCUGUCUCUACAGAAAGAAUCUAUUAGGCCUUCCGUUUGCAUUUGUACACUAGAAUGUAACAGAACUUGGUGCCUUCAAGGGUUACCUCUUCAGUGGCUUAGAGGUGCUGUUUCAAGCACAAUUUAGACUAGGGUUGAACCACUCAUUGCUCAAAUCAUUGGUGUGCUCAGAUAUUGCAAAUUAUCACUACAUCAGUCCACAAGCAACAGCAAGGUUUAGAUCUACUAAAGGAAAAAGGAAGUGGAAUUAGACUUUUUAAACUAUAAUGAUGCAUGUGGGUAUUAUUGAGUAAAACAAGAACAGUCUGAAAUUAAAGCAAAAAUAAUUAAGGUAUCUCAUUCUUUCCAUCAAGUAAGAUUUUGCUGUUCUCCUUAUACUCUAAAAAAUCAUUUUUUCCUUUUGCAGUUGAAAAGGAACAUGAAUCAAAUCAAGUAGUAAUAAGGGGUUAAUUUACUCUCUGGCCAAGGACUCAGUGGUUACUGAUCUUAGUUGAGAAUUUAAAAAAUCAUAUCAGACUCACAGAUCUAGGAAUUGACCUUAAAUAUUGCUGCUCCUCCCCCUUGGACAGAAAUGCCGUUUAGUGGUACUAGUCAAUUUAAGUGAAUUACCCAAGGUAGAGAUGAAUCCCACAAAGCAACUAUGGGAAUUUAAUUUCAUGAUAUCUUUUGUUUGCAAGCUUCCAAAGAAUCAAGGAUUCAUGUUUUAAAAUAUCAGUACUGUAUAUCCAGCUUAGGAAGGUGAUCUUGCUAGUGGGACCUUUUGAGUUGGCCCUUUUUCUCCCCAGUCACUUUCAUUUGGCUAUAUUUUAAAUUAUGCCAUGCUCAAGAUAGUAUUGGGCCAUCAUCUAGACCUUUGGAGCACAUUUUGAUGAAAACAUAUUUUAUUAUGGUUCAUUAUGUGCUAAAUUAGGGUAGAAUCGAUUAAUGAACCAUGGUUUUGGCUUAGUGCUUUAAAAUGCCUGACACCCCACCCUGUCCCCCCAUAGAACAAGGUGCAGCAAUACCCAAGGUUGAAAAGAGGUCAUGAGUAGCCAGGAAAAUAAACUUACUGUGUUGUAUAUGUUGAAACCCACCCCUCUCUUGCCCUCUAAUGGUAUGUUUACAUUAUUUGGUUAUUGUGCAACUUUUAUCUUGAGAUAAACAGUAUUAUUAAACUGAAGGUGUAAGUUAAAGGCAGUAUCAUACUGUUGGCUGACGUGGGCAGUUUAACUGUAUGUUACUUAUUUGGGGGCUUUAUAUGGCUAGGGCUUCAGAGUAGUGUUCCGAGAUAGCUUACAGAGAGGUUUGCAAACUUAUGGUUUCCCUCUCAAAUCCAUUGUAGCAGUUUCAAAUGAUUGUGUGGAUAUUGGAUAUUUAAAUUUCACCAUUUGCUUUGUAUUGACACGUUUUUCAUUUUUUGUAUUAACUCACAAGCUGUUUAUUUAAGUAAUAAUGCAAAUCCAGACUUCAUCCAGUGAUGAAAAUAGCGGUAUGAUAGGAAAUUUUGCUGAGUGUGCUUUAAAUGAGUAAUUGCGUUACCUUUUUUUUAGUAUUUCAUAGAUUUUGUGUGACAUGUACACUGCUAAUUAUGCAUUCUUUGGUUUCCAAAUCUUAACCUAAGACAUUCUUAUGUUAACUGAUUGAUAGCCUAAGAGAGGACUUUCUCUGCCUGUUUCUCCCCUCCCCCAAGUUUUUUUUUGGUAAAUUAUGGGAAAAUCAGUGCUAUUUCUCAUUUCUCUGGAUGAAGCAAAGCUCUUUUGGACAGCACAACCUAACCUCAUAGCUAGACAGAAUGGCUAUCGAGAAUAUUUAGAAAAUCCAAAUUUAUCAAAUUAUAAAUGUAGUUUAUAAAUGUAGUUCAUUAAUAAUAUGUGCUUAAUUUUGAACUUAUUUUGGAAAAUUGUUCAAAUUGGGUUCUUUUAAGCUUAAUCAGCUUAGAAGCAAGAAGCUACUUUGCUAAUGAAAGCUGAGACAUACUUUCAUAAAAGCAGGAAAUUCUUGAGAGCAUUUAAAAAUGGGAGGAUGUUAUGUCAAGAUUUAUACUUUCAGAUAAUCUGUAAGAAUAAAAUUUUAAAAUCCCUGACUUUUGUGGAAUUCCCACUGUCAAAUUCUCACUGACUUUUGAGUAUGGAAAAAGCUAUCUUUUACUUGAAUUCUGAUGGAAAAGUUUAACUCCUUUCAAAGGAUAUGAAAAAUUCACUGGAAAGUGUAAUGUGUAUACAUUUCAAAGGCUGUCAGUUGUCUGGACUGAAGGCACUGUUCUUACUGUGGCCAGAUGAAUGGGAGUGUCCUGUACAUGAAUCAUGCUGUUUUAAAUCAGGACAUCACUUAGGUAUUAACGUUGUAUGUACAGAUUUUUGUUUUGGGGAUUUUUUUUUUUU